CUUCAUUUUAAAUUCUUAACCUUUCUGAUGUAAUAUUUUUUAAACAACACAACCGUCAACUGCUAAUCUUUUCUCGCCACUAGCGCACAUAUUCAACAAUAAUGAUGCACGAAAAUUAGCAAAUUGUCGCCAUUGUCGUCCCCGGAAGACAAGGCCCAAAAGCUGUAGGAUUUCUCCAUUCCAUCCCUUCUUCUCCCUCAACCCCUCUCUCUGUCUCACAGUCGUUGCUUUUGUCUGGCAAAAGAAGCUACGAAUGCGCCUCGAAUAAUUUGGUCCUAUUGCCGGUAGGAUGCGACCAUUCAUGCCCUUCGACGCUUCUGAGACGCCUCAUAUGAUCGAGUUUCGUUGAUUAUUGUUCAAUUGCUGAAAGUUUUGCAUUGGGUCAACGGAAUGGAAGUGGUCUCCCAGCUAAAACGGGGUUUAUCUCGGCAAUUCUCCACUGGUUCUCUUAAGAAGAAUGGGAUUUUCAGUUUUAAGAGGCAGACAUCAUUCGACCCCAGGCUUAGCAAUGCAAGCAGGUUUGUUUUUGGCCGGCAAUCAUCGCUUGACCCCAAUCGCAGGAGUCCAAUCUGGGAUGAGUUGGCUGUGCCGGAAAAUUUGGAUUCCACCAUGCAGCUCCUUUUCCUGGCUUGUCAAGGUGAUGCGAAGGGGGUGGCUGAGUUGAUGAAGGAGGGUAUUGAUGUGAAUAGUAUUGACCUGGAUGGAAGGACUGCUCUUCAUAUAGCUGCUUCGGAGGGGCAUGUUGAGGUGGUCAAGCUGUUGCUGAACUGGAAGGCCAACAUUGAGGCCAGGGAUCGAUGGGGAAGCACGGCUGCUGCUGAUGCUAAAUUCUACGGCAACGUUGAAGUCUAUAAUUUACUGAAAGCUCGAGGAGCCAAACUUCCUAAAACCAGAAAGACCCCCAUGGCCGUUUCAAAUCCCAAAGAUGUGCCGGAUUAUGAGGUCAAUCCCACAGAACUUCAGUUUCGUCGAGGAGAAGACAUAUUUAAGAAUACUCACCAGGUAGCUAAAUGGAAUGGGACGAAGGUCGUUGUGAAGAUUCUUGAUAAGGACAACUAUUCUGAUCCAGAAUGCAUAAAUGCUUUCAAGCAUGAACUUAGUUUGUUGCUGAAGGUUCGACAUCCUAAUGUUGUCCAAUUUCUUGGUGCUGUCACACAGAACACACCAUUGAUGAUUAUUUCCGAAUACCAUCCAAAAGGCAACUUAGGAAGCUAUCUUCAGAAAAAAGGUCGACUACCGUUACACAAAGUUCUUAAAUUUGCCAUUGACAUUGCCAGGGGCAUGAAUUAUCUGCAUGAAUGCAAGCCAGACCCUAUUAUACACUGUAAUUUAAAGCCCAAGCAUAUAUUAAUGGAUGCUGGUGACAAAUUGAAGGUGGCUGGGUUUGGUUUGAUAAAGCUUUCAAAAGUAUCUCUGGGAAAAGCCAAACUAGCACAUCCUAUGUCUCAUGUGAACAAAUUAAGUGUAUAUAUGGCUCCUGAGGUUUACAAGAACGAAAUAUUUGACAGAAAGGUUGAUGCAUUUUCUUUUGGUCUCAUUCUAUACGAGAUGCUGGAUGGGGCGCCACCUUUCCAUCCUACUGCUCCCGAACAAGUUGUUAAAAUGAUAUGUUUGGAAGGAAUACGGCCACCACUUAAAUUCAAGUCUAAGAGUUGCCCUUCCGCCCUAAGAGAGUUGAUUGAAGAAUGUUGGAGCACAAAUCCUAUAAUAAGACCAACAUUUGCCGAAAUAAUUGUGAGAUUGAAUAAAAUCCAUUCCAGCAGUUCUAAGCAGGGCCGAUGGAAAGGCACCUUUAAGCUUCCUUGGAUUUAGCAGAGCAGACCCGCCUUGGAAGGUUUUGACGGGGCAACAUCUUGUAAGAAUAAGAACCCUGUCUCGC